UGCUGCAUGUGGUUGUUGUGGUGGCACGUGGUGAUGUUGGUGGGUGGUGGAUGGAUAGCUAAUGGAUGGAUAAGAGGCAUGAAACACAUCUGGUUCCAUCGUCUUCUCCAUCCCGUUAGCCAGCAAUUGCUACUUCCACCAACCUCCAUCACUGAAGUCUGCACAAGCACCACCAACCUCCCCCACCGGUGGCAGCCUCACCAGUGCGGAGAAGAAGGCCCCGGCGCGGCGUCCUCUUCCUCCUCUGAAGAAGACCCUCCAGGCAGGUGCGUCCCGGGAGCAACUCCAUUGGAGUGGCCAUUGGCCAACCCAAGGUUCACCGGGCUCCAUCGUCCCGGGCGACGGCCGGCGUGCUGCAGCACGGCGCGUGGCACUAUGUGCGAGUGGCGGGGCACUGAGGGACCGUUGGAGGUGCUCGCCAUGUUGUUGAAGACCUCCCCACGCGCAACAGUUGGCGUGGGGAGGCGCAGCCCAAGACUAGCGCUUGACGAGGAAACACGAGCGACGACAACCUCGUGCGUCGGCGUCGGAGAUGGAAGACGCGAGGAGUCCGGUUGUGCAUGCUCCGCGGGCAGCACGGGCUCGGCUUCCUCCUGGACCACGUAGUCCAGUGGUGGUGACUGCGACAGAGUCACGCAUGGCCCCCAUCCGUGCACUGGGCAUGGAUGUGGUGGUGGAGGCGCCGCAAGUUCCGGCUCAACGGCGUCGACGUCCAUUGCUCCGUCCACAGGCUCCAUUACUUCGUCCGCGUACAAGUUCGGAGCAGCCGGUCCGGCAAGGAUCCAGGCCGGGAGCGGCGCCGGCGCCGGUUCACGCGAAGCACCGAAAGGCCAAGCACCGUGGC